AUCAAAAUGGCGUCAUCGAAGGAAACCUAUUGUUUGUGUGGUCAACCAUAUAAUAUUGGACAAUUUAUGAUAGAAUGUGAUUGCUGCCGUGAGUGGUUCCAUGGCAGUUGCGUGGACGUGAAAAUCUACCAGUCAGACGAUAUAGACAAGUACCAUUGCCCAAAAUGUGCACAAACUUACGGACCUUCCGUAUUAAAAAUCCCUACAAACAACCAUCGUGCGGACCGCUACGAGUUAAGUGCGGAGACUCGUCCGUCUCAAGUUGGUACGCCAGCAUGGGUGCGGGCGCUGGCCGCCCGCCCGAUGCGGCCUUCACAACAGGCACUGCACAGAAUGCGUCCCCAACAGUUUACAGAGGAGUUUGUUAGAGAUAAUGGCUUCAACCGACCAGUACUGUUCCAGACCAAUGAUGGGCUGGAGAUGAAAACUCCUAAUCCUGGCACUUUCACAGUUAGAUCAGUUCUCAGAUUCUGCGGGGCGCAAUUAGAGGUGGAGGUGAUAGAUGUCCGCAAACAGUCGACGCUACGGAUGCCGUUGGGGGAGUUCGUGGACUACUUCGAGACGCCGCCACAAAGUCGUGACGAGAAGGUGCUUAACGUGCUCAGCCUCGAGUUCACCGACACCAACAUGUCCCCCCUGGUGGAGCCCCCGGCGAUGGCCCGGCGCCUGGACUGGGCGGAGCUGGUGUGGCCGUCCGCCGAGGAGCGUCCGCCGAGGCCAGCCGUACAGAAGUACUGCCUCAUGUCCGCCGCCGGCUCAUACACCGAUUUCCACGUCGACUUCGGCGGAACCACCGUCUGGUACCACGUGCUGCACGGGCGGAAGAUAUUUUACCUGGUGCCGCCGACGGCGACUAAUCUCGCUCUGUACCAGCAAUGGAGCGCAUCCAAUAACCAGAAUGAACGGUUCUUCGGUGAUUUGGUGGAAUGGUACGGCACGGCAGAACUGACAGCUGGUCAAACUUUGUUCAUACCUUCGGGGUGGAUCCAUGCGGUUCUCACGCCUUGUGAUUCCCUGGUCUUCGGGGGAAACUUGCUACACUCAUAUGCUAUCGAGACACAGUUACAGAUCUACGAGAUCGAACGCCGUGUGGAGACUCCAACAGCCUUUCGUUACCCACUCUUUGAGGCCAUGCAUUGGUACGCCGGCGCGUAUCUGCUCACUAUGCUUCGCAGAUAUAAUGAGGAGACUCAGGACGAGGACUUCACGCUGCACGAGUCGUACCUGGCCAGCGCGCCGGCGCCGCUGCCGCCGCUGCUGCUGCGCGGCGUCAAGAUCCUCGCCAACGCGCUCAAGGAGUGGCACGCGCUCAAGAGCUCGGAUCCGGCGAAGCGCGACAACGUCCCGAAAUGCCUUAAUUCCGGCCAGCUGGUUCGGGAGCUUUGUAAGGAGCUGCGCACUUUGGAGAAGAGAUCGGCGAGCGCCGCUAACAAAGACAAAGAGUUUAAAGUGAAAACAACAUCGCCCAAGAAAUCAACAUCGAAAGCGCAGCAGGCGCAGAAGAAGUCCCUCAAACUGACAUUGCCAAAGCCGAUCAUGCAUAUGGGGCAGAACGGGGAGUUCGUUGAGGAGAAGAUCUACGCUGAUAAAUAUUACGUCGACAACAAGGAGGUUGUUUACCAGGAUAACGGCUACAUGCAGGUACGGUUUAUGAACGGUGUACCAGAGAAGUACAUAGUGGACGGCAAGGAGGUCGUGUACCAGAACUUCGACGAGGUGCAGCACUACCCUGAAAACGGCUACGUUGACAGGCAGGACAAAAAAGGAAAUGUUCUGAGAAUUAAAUUGAACAAUUCCCCCUCCUCAUCCCGCGAAGAACCGCCCCCGUACCCCGCCGACUCCAUCUUAAAAGCGCACCUGAUUCGUCCACCCCAGCCAACCACGUUGAAGCCUAUCCACCAGUGGACGAUCUCAAAGAAGGACAUUGGGGAUUACCACGAAGAGCAGAUAUUAUUCACCAAUGAGAAUUUGAACACCAACGUUAGAAUGGAGGGGCAGGAACUCAACUAUGGUCCUGGCAUGUACUCCGCCGAGGACAUCCAGCAGGAGUACCAGUACGCGGAGCCGGCCAAGGCGCCGGCGGGCUACCAGCCCGACUACAGCUACCCCGGCGGCGACGGCUUCGACACCUACCCGCGCUACGAGCUGCAGCCGCCGCACGCGCCGCAGACGCCGCAGACGCCGCAGACGCCGCAGACGCCGCACGCGCCCCUGGCGCCGCACACGCCGCUCACGCCCGCGCACCAGCAGUCAACGGGAUACAGCAACGUGGCAGUCGACGGCGCUUAUCAUCACAACCAGUUGCCCUCUUACGACGCUGCCAUAGCGCAGCAGUACGGGUCUACCAACUACGUGAUCGAGGAGCAGAAGCCGUCGGCGCCGCUGGCGCUGCCGGUGCGGCGGUCGGAGCGGCCCGUGCGCCGGCGCAUGUCCACGACGUACGACUACGAGGACGGCGACCUGUACAUCGACGACACGCCCGCGCCCAAGCGCCGCAAGCCGCCCGCCAAGCACAAGCAGGCCUUCAAGCACGCCGUCGCGCCGAGCGGCGGCGCGGGCGGGUUCCGCGCGGCGCCGGCGCGGCCCGCGCCCGUCAACGGCAUCGAGUCGCUCAUCCAGGCCAGCGUGCUGGCCGAGGAGGAGCCGCCCGUCAGCGAGACCGAGGACGCGGCGGUGGCGGGCAUGCUGAGCAUCGGCGAGUCGCGCUUCGCGGCGCCGCAGCGCGCCUUCGGCCUGCCGCAGCUCUCGCCCGCCAAGCGACCGGACAGCAGCAGCACGGCGAGCAGCAGCAAGCGCGCGCGCAAGGCCUCGGCGGCGCCCGCGCCCGACGGCGGCGAAGAGCUCUCGGACGAGGAGGACGUCAUCAAGGAGGUGCAUCGGGACGAGGAAUACGUGUAUCCAUCGCUAGAAAUGAGCUCGGACGAAGAUGAGGAUUGGACGGCGACGAGGCGGCGGCGGAAUUCACGGAACAGGGUCGAUAGUCGAUCGAAGAGCGAUAAGGACGAGUCGUGGUCGCCGCGCGCGCGCCUGGGCCGGCUGGUGCCGCGCCUGCGCGCGCCGGCGCGCAAGGGCUCGCGCAAGGAGAGCGUGCGCAAGGCGCUGACGCACGCCGCCGCCAAGCCGCAGCCGCGCCCGCACCCGCACCCGCACGCCCACGCCGCCAAGCCGCAGCAGCUGGACCACGACCAGAAUGCAAAGCGAGCAGUACUAGCUACAAAGAGCAGGCGGCCGCCGCCACCUGUACACAACACGCCAAAUAACAAGAAUUCAAGACUGAAAAAAGGUAUGAAGACGGCGAAACAGCGCCUCGGCAAAAUCCUUAAAAUACAUAAGAUGAUAUAUUAAUUAUAUAGCACUAACAUUAGGUUAUGUACGAACGGACACUAGGUGUAUAUUUUAUAUAUGUGUGUGGCACGGACCAAUGUGUGUUGUCGAUUGUCUAGCUUAGCAUAUUUAUAUUUUUUCUCUAUAACAGAUAGUUUUGUAGCUUUUAAAAGGCAGUUUUUGCUACUUCGUGACUCGUGAAGGUCCAUUAGCCGCAAAAAUGGUGAGAAAAAGGCAACUCUCCUCUUCUCCUCUUUGGAAAUAGUCAAAACAGAAAAUCCCUCAAAUGUUCUUCAUUUUUCAAAUCAAUGUUUUUGUUGUAAGUACGUAAAAUUAGUUCUAUGGUGAAUGUUCUUUGCUUGACAUAGCCUGUAAUAAUCUCGUUUUUCUAGCUGUGGCAAGACUCUUUGAUAGUCAAGCCUAGUCUUAGGUUAAUUUUCUGGAACAACCACGGGAAGAUAUCGUCAGUGGAAAGGUAAAAAGUCUGAAGCUCCAUUUUAAGCGAAAAUGAUUUCUGUAUAUCAUUGGUUUUUGAGCAGAGUUUAACUUCGUUAGUUUGUAAAUGGUGUUUAGGACUUAAUUGUCUUUUCACUAUUUUCAUUCUUUCAGUUAUUUUCUCUGAUGAUAUUGAGAGAAAACAGAGAAAGAAGAGAGGGAGACAGAAAAUAUAAAUAUCCUAACCUAUAUCGAAUGUGUUUUCGCUUAUUAUCACACUACUGCUGUUCAUAAUUGGCUACUUAAGCCUCUCAAUGUAAAACGUUUGCGCAAAUAUCUGCGGCAUUUCUCACAAUUAAUCAUAAAAGCUAUUUUUGAACACAGAUUUGUUAACAGCUGUCAUAGAUGUUUCAAGAUUAUUGUCAUGUAAUUUGAACAGGUUUAAAGGUAGAAGUCUGUAAUAUAGAAUAGUAGAGAGAUGUCCCGCUUUAUCGAUAACAGAGAUAAAAACGUUAAUUAAAGAUGUUUAAGUAACAAAAAAUCCAGUGGUUGUUACCAUUGGAUUUUUAGACCACAGAACAAUAAAUACAGUAGAAUACGUUUUAGACAACAAUAGACCUUAUUCAGUCCCUCUAUAAGAUCUAUAGUAAGAUUAUUUACUCGAUGCAGACUCUGUCAUAACAUAAAUCAUCGGAGUGAGACAGCGACAUUGCGAUUUCUCACGUACUUAGUGACAUACGCACUUGAUGAGUGCGUAUGUCCGUUAUCGAUAAAAACAACUGCCUCAGUGGCCGAACGGUUACUAUACUUGACUGCCAUGCAGA